AUGGAAACGCCAAGGAAUGAGGUGACACUUGGGGCCCGUCUGGCGACACGUUAUGUGCCCAACCAGAUUCUGUCCUCCACCCUCUCGUGGGGUCCUCUCAUUGGUGUUGAGGAAGUCCUGCGGCUGGGGGAGCGCUUUGCAGCGCGGAGCAUCACCAGCGAUGGUGAUCCUGCACUCACGAAGGAGUGGCUCAUCCACUACAUCAUGGAGAUUCUCGAGGAGAAGGCCAGAUUUGCCUCCAGCAGCGUGGAGCUUGAGGAUGUGGUAAACAGCGAGAUGCAGCUGUUGAAUGAGGACAAAAUGAGUGUGUAUAGGGAGGAAGUGUUGCGGUGGGUCAGUUCCUUCUCUAUCCAGGUCUCCGUGCAUGACCCGCUGUGGGAGGCUUGUGAGGCGAGUAACGUCGGGAUUGCAUGCCUCGAACGCAGCACAUGUAGUACCACGAGGACUAACUCUGUGCACACCGUGACGUCGUUUAGAACCUCGCCGCAGGUUAAGUCUACCACUACUGUCGACAUCACUCCCAGUGCCGCCAAUAGUGGUAUUGGGGCUGAGAGCAAACCGCGAAAAGGGUGCUUGGAUCGAUCACGCUCGGUGGCUCGCAUGCUGUUAAAUUACAACUUACCCUCCAUACAUACCGUCUCGCUGCGGAAGGGGCCCACGCAACACGAGAUUGUGCGGUGGAGUGACUUGACCACAAACUUUGUGAAGGACUAUGAACGCUUUCACCAGAGUGACGAAAAGGAGUUGUCUUUCACCCGCGUACGGGCGGGAACCACCUCUGGGCGUAUCUCGCACCCGCAUUUUUCGCAUGGCAGGGAUGGUGCGGAGGGGAAUUCGUCAAACGUGCCAGGGAUCAGGCAAGACUCGGAGUCCGAGGCACUCACCGGAAAGGAGCUGCAUGUACAGUCCGCAGAUCAAAUCCUAGUAUCCCGCCUGACAGGCUGCGUCAUCACGGCCAGCAAGGACGGUAUUGUGAAGCUGUGGGAUGGGAACACUGGUGAAUUUAUGCGCAACCUCUACAAUGCGGGGGCGGCAUGGGUGAUUGGAAUGUUUUUGCUGCCAGAUGAGGACUACAUUCUCAUCGCGACGACAAACGGCCAGUUGACGGUGUUAGAUUUUCCUGAGGGGAACGUGCUGCAGAAGUACCUUGGAUGCGCCUCCCUGCAAACGGCUUUCUACGAGGUCCUGCAGCUGUCCGCGACGAAAGUUUAUCGGUAUGGGAUGAAGCCGGGGGAGUGCGGGAUGUAUCAUGUGACGCUGCGCAAAGAUGAGUCGGCGGAAGAGUAUCACCGUCGUCGUCAUGAGACGCAGAACCACACUUUUUCAAAGGUGCUUCCCGCAAAGCCGGUCGUGGGGUUUGAAGCUCCAACCGCGUCGUGGUUCGACAACUUCUCGGGGAUUUUCUUUUUCGGCACCGUAGACGGUGUUGUUGGGGCUUUUGACAUAUCCGCUGACGUGCGCCCAAGCUCUCUGUUGGCCGGGGCGAACAGCAAACCCGUGCCACUGCUUUUCUCGGCAGAGGUUCACACAGCGGCGGUGGUGGGUAUGUUCUACACAUCCUACGUCACCUCGCUUUUUACGGCUGGGGCGGAUGGCUGCAUCUACCGCACUCCGCUGGGUCCGACAGGAAAGCCUGCAGGGGAGGCUCGCCUUGUUCUCCAGCAGACAAGAGGGAUUCGUGCGAUGCAGUGGUGGCCGCCGUCAAAGUUUUACGUCACAAUUCAUGUGGACCGGCGGGUCGCCCUGUGGGUGAUUGGGCGCCACGGCGAUCCACUGUUUGAGUUCCCAUCCGAGACGCAGGGGAUCGUCAGUGCGGCCCUGCACCCACGACGAAAUCGGCUUGCACUCUUACUUUCGGACAAAACCAUUAAGGUGUAUGAGACACAUGGCAGUAGGUCGCUGGCCACCAUUGCGCAGCCGGCGCGGGAGUCGAACUUUACCGCGACUGAUGCCUCACAGCAGAUGAUGGAGCGUUCCGCCAUUGACGAAGAUGGUGUUGUGGCGUGGCACCCGCUUCAUUCGUGUCUCAUUUGUUGUCUUCGGGGAACAGUCGUUUAUGAGCCGUCACUGGGUCACAUGCAGGCCGAGAUUAGUGAGGGGUCAGGGCACACGACACGUGGGGACGAGCAAGAGGCAUCAUCCACUGGCUACUCCCAGGAACUCAACAUGGACAUCAAGGAUAAGCCAAAAAUGCAGGGCUCAGUAGGUUUCGUGGGAACACAACGUAUGGAUACCCACCGUGGCGGAGUUGUGGCGAUGGUUGUACAUCGGCAGUCGUGGCAGUUGCACACAUUUGAUGAGGUGUGUUGGCGCACAUGGGACUUGACGACAGGUGAGCUGAAGCGAAACGUGAACAUCCCCCGCAUCGCGCGUAUGGAACGCAUGCCUGUGAAACGGGCCACCGUCACCUCCUGCUCGUGGACGACGACCUUACAGACACGACUAGCGACGGGAGGUCAGGAUGGUUCGGUCCUCACCUGGGAUCCAUCCACGGCCGCCCCGCUCGCGGCAGAGAUGCUGGUACAGGACCUUUCCGAGCAGCUGGACUCGGAUGUAACGGUUGUGUCGCAUAGAAAUAAAUUGAUCGCGUGGAGUGCGCGUGUGUGCCGUGUCACAACCUUCAACGUUGGUCUGCUGCUUCCUAGUGGCCUAGAGGAGAGUAAGUCAGUCGUCGUGCGUGUCCCAUCGCUGGCCUCCGUCACUGCCUGCUGCGUUGUGCGGGACGCGUACCUUUGCAUGGGUACAGGUGACGCCAGGAUAUUCUUCUUCAGCAUGCGCGGUGGGGCUCCCACGCACGACUGCGUUCUACGCGACAAGACGGAAGAGGAACGGGGGGCCGUUGUGCAACUCAUCUUCUUGAACGAGCAAAACCAAAACCUUCUCCUCGCCAUCCUCGACAUUGGUAUUCUCUUUGUGUACUCCUACGUCAAUCAGGCCGUCGUGUACCGUAUUCGCCUGGUGCGGCGCUUUGAGUGUCGUAUCCACAAGGUGCUGUACAUCCCGGAGGAUGGCAGCGUCGUCUGUGGGGACUCCUUGGGCCGCAUUCGCGUGCUUGAUGUGCGAGGUUGCACCUCUCCUUCGGUGGAGUUUCGCCAGGCCUUCAUCUCGCGUGCAAUGUUUCAGGGCGCCACGGAUGAGAUCACUUCUUUGGACUAUUUUUAUUUCUCAGGGCGGCGGUACCUCCUUGUGGGCUCCCUGGACCACCUGGUGCGCCUCUUUGACCUGGACGAUGCGAACUGGCUGCAGGCUCCCUACUCCAGCGUGAUGCCGUUGCGAUCCACGCAGGCCUCUGUGCGGUUUGUCGGGGUCGUUGGCCACAAAACAUGGAAGCUUUCAGAUCCCACGACAUUCAGCGAAUCCCCCCCCGUAACGCCACGUCUUCUGGUGGCCAACACCGCGGAGGAGGAAGUCCUGCUGGAGAGUAUUAUUUGCGCAGAGCUGCAACCUGACAAUGUCAAGAAUGCCAUGGACUCACUGGUGGAUGAGGACAAUACCCUGCCCCGUGGGCUGUCGCGUAGAGGCGCAAAGGUGGGAACACCCCUCUCUGGGAUGGGUUCACCGAAGAUAGCUGUCACGCGGCCCUUUUUCCUUACAGACGUCGCUCAUCCUCAAGAGGAACAUGCGCGUAAGCGCUCCUUUUCAAUUGCCUCCUCCGUGGACAGCACCAGACAGCUGCAGCCCACGCAACGCGCACAGGAACAGCAGGGCGCGUCGCUGCUUUCAACCCUGCCGGAGGGUGGCUGCCUUCUGCCGCGAACCACCGAACACGUCUCGCCGGGGCCGUCGUGCGUUGGGCGAUGCUUGCAGGUUCGCACGCGGGUAUGUGGAGCGCUCCCAAGCCCAACUUCAAGUCCAACUUCAAGCCCAACCCAUGCCCUACUCUUGCUCACCACGGAACAACAGGCAGCCGAGCAACAGAGCGAAACCCCGCGCGAAGACACCAGUCUUUGCCCACCCUCCUCGACAGGGUUCGAGCUGAUCCAAAGGAAGAAGCAAGUACUGCUGGGUAUGGUACGACGUUUAGAGGCAGUGCUGCCGAAGGGCUUUGCCAACGGCGAACUCACCAGAGAUGCCAACGAGCUGCUUAUGGGAGACACGCGCCUGGGGUUUCGGCAAACCAAGUGCGGGCGAAGCCGGACAGAGAGCGGCGAGCUGAAAUUAGCCCUCGAGACACGACGCAGGCUCGCGGAGAGGAUGGAGGAGUACAAAAAGACACAGGCGAAGCGACGCAGCGAGAAAAGAAGCUCCCUGCCGCGUGUAGCGGCGCGUCAUGUACUCACUCCUGUCGUGUUCCCGCAGCCGAGCGUUCUCCCCACUGAGGCUAAGGCCAGUUUUGCCUGGAUGCUCAAGCCUCUGUCGGUUGGGGUGCCGCAGCAGCAAAUCACACAUGCGGGGAACACAAUGUAA